AUAAUGAUUGUGAAGGCAGCAGUAACCGUUGAGUCUAUUUCAAAGAAGGCAACGUGACAACAAACUUUUGUGAAAGGUUCGUUUCUUUAAAAAAAUAAUUUCCUAAAAUGGCUGAAGACUCGUGGGCGUUAGCAGUGGACGUUCAAGAGGCGACAACUCCAUCAUUUCAGUUUCAGUUCUCCAAAAAGAUCAACAGAAUACGAGGUCCAUUAAACGUGAAGGAAGAUAUAAAUGCCAAUGUGGUGCAGAACAAGAUCCCAGAUGAAGGGGGUGAAGGAGACGGCGACAAAGUUGACCUGGCCGAACAGUCUUUGCUUAAUAAAUUGAUCCGCCACUCUCUGGUGAAGAACCGAAACCAAGUUGAGGUCCAACAGGCGGAUCCCAACUCUCCUCUGUUCUCCGUGAAGACUUUCCAGGAGCUCAGGCUGAAACCUGAAUUGUUGCAAGGUGUCUUCAACAUGGGAUUCAACAGACCGUCUAGGAUCCAGGAGAAUGCUUUGCCUCUGAUGCUGGCGGAACCACAUCAGAACCUGAUCGCUCAGUCACAGUCUGGCACUGGUAAGACUGCAGCUUUCUCUCUGGCCAUGCUGAGUCAUGUGAACCCUGACAAUACCUGGACUCAGUGUCUUUGUGUUGCGCCAACGUACGAGCUCGCGUUGCAGAUCGGCCAAGUGAUCGAACAAAUGGGCAAAUUCUGUCCAAAUGUGAAACUGGCCUACGCCAUUCGAGGGAACAGAAUGGACCGACGUGUCAAGUUGCAAGAGCAGAUUGUAAUUGGAACCCCAGGCACCAUCCUUGACUGGUGCACCAAGUACAAGCUUAUUGACCCAAAGAAGAUCACAAUGUUUGUGUUGGACGAAGCUGAUGUGAUGAUCGCCAUGCAGGGUCAUCGGGACCAGAGCAUCCGGAUCCACAGGCUGCUCAACAAAAACUGUCAGAUGCUGCUGUUCUCUGCAACAUUUGAGGACUCUGUGAUGAAGUUUGCCGAGCGAGUGAUUCCCGAUCCAAAUAUAAUCCGACUGAAACGAGAAGAGGAGACGCUGGACACAAUCAAGCAGUUCUAUGUGCUCUGCAGGGAGAAGGAGGACAAGUUCACAGCGCUCUGUAAUCUGUACGGGUGUCUGACUAUUGCACAGGCAAUGAUCUUCUGCCAUACUCGGAAGAUGGCUGGCUGGCUGGCCUCUAGUCUGAUAAAGGAGGGCCACCAGGUGGCGCUGCUGAGCGGGGAAAUGGCAGUGGAACAGAGAGCCGCUGUCAUCGAACGCUUCAAAAACGGCAGAGAGAAAGUGCUUGUGACCACCAAUGUGUGUUCCCGAGGUAUUGAUGUGGAGCAGGUGUCCCUUGUGGUGAAUUUUGACCUCCCGGUGGAUUUGGAAGGGAACGCCGACAACGAGACCUACCUGCACAGGAUCGGUCGCACAGGACGUUUCGGCAGAAGAGGAUUUGCUGUCAACAUGGUGGACAGCGAAAACAGCAUGGAAAUCAUUAAGCAAAUUGAAAUGCAUUUCAACAGGAAAAUCACAAAACUCGAUACCAGCAAUCUUGAGGAAAUGGAGAAGAUGGCAAUUUAAUGUUCUGCUGCUUUGCAUAUGUAACAAUUGACACCUUUUACUUUGUGUCACAUGGUUUGUUUUCUGCUAGUUUUAAUGCUUGCUAUAAAAGACUGUUUCUUGUACUUUUUUUUGUUGUUUUUGUUCAGAUUUUCUUUUGAGCUGCUUCAACACUGAGGUUGUACAGUCUCCACAGGCUGCUAAAAGAUGUGUGUUUGCAGUGUUAUUGAUUAUAUUAAGUGAAAUAUCAGUGUUAUUUUUGUGAUGUGUAUGUAGUGUAUAUAGUUUUGCAUGACAUGUUUGCAGUUUUUUGAAAAACUUGUUUCAGCCCAGUGGAGACUUCAGUGUCAGUUUCUUAAUGCAUUUCUGUGCAUUAUUGCUUUAAACAAACCAAAAAAAAUAAUCUUCUCUGUUUCCAGCUUCCUGUAGUUAGUCAUGUUAAGCCUGUAUUAAGUACAACAAUCCAUCUCUUUUUUUUUGCAAUUUGUUUGAAUAAAUUUGUCAGAGUGACCAGCAGUCAUCUGAAGU